CGUCAUCCCUGCCCAGCGAGGGUGAGUGUAUGUGUGUGUGAGAGAGAGACGCCGAAAAAUUACUGUCCCUCCGCCCCUGCAGUCAUGCCACACUCUGGAUUUCACUGUCAAGCGUCUUGAAAGAGAAAGAAAUCGGACUUGGCCGGCAUUAAGGACGACGGUGUUUAACGUGGAAGCGAUAAACGCCGACACUUCCGCGGUUCAGAGGAUUUGUUUGCUGGCGUGCUUGCGCGUGUUUGUAUGUAUGGGAGUGAAGUGGAGAAAGCGAGGAGAAGAAGAAGAGGAGGUUUGAUUUAUCUAGAGGCACGCAGUGGGAGGAGCCAUGGACGAGGGGGAGGGGCGGUUCUACAGCGUGCAGGUGGGUGACUCCACCUUUACAGUGCUCAGAAGGUACCAGCAGCUCCGCGCCAUCGGAUCCGGUGCCCAGGGUAUCGUCUGUUCUGCUCUGGACACCGUACUUGGCAUCCCAGUGGCUGUGAAGAAACUGAGCCGGCCCUUUCAAAACCAGACCCAUGCGAAGAGGGCUUACAGAGAGCUGGUUCUGCUCAAGUGUGUUAAUCACAAGAACAUCAUCCAUUUGCUUAAUGUCUUCACACCCCAGAAGUCAUUGGAAGAGUUUCAGGAUUUGUACUUGGUAAUGGAGCUGAUGGACGCCAGCCUUUGUCAGGUGAUCCACAUGGACCUGGACCAUGAGAGGAUGUCUUAUCUGCUCUACCAGAUCCUGUGUGGCAUCCGACAUCUACACUCAGCUGGCAUCAUUCACAGGGAUCUGAAGCCCAGUAACAUUGUAGUGAAGUCUGACUGCACUUUAAAGAUCUUAGACUUUGGGCUGGCCAGAACCGCCUGCACUAACUUCAUGAUGACACCCUAUGUGGUAACCAGAUACUACAGAGCACCAGAGGUCAUCUUGGGCAUGAAAUAUAAGGAGAAUGUGGAUAUCUGGUCGGUGGGCUGCAUCAUGGGUGAGAUGGUCAAAGGAAGUGUCAUAUUCCAGGGCACUGAUCAUAUUGACCAGUGGAAUAAAGUGAUUGAGGUUCUGGGAACCCCCUCUCUGGAGUUUAUGAACCGUUUGAUGGAGACUGUAAGGAACUAUGUGAUGAACAAACCCCAGUUUCCUGGAGUCAGUUUUAAUGAGCUUUUUCCCGAUUGGGCCUUCCCUUCAGAGACCGAGCAUGACAAGAUCAAAACUAGUCAAGCGCGAGACCUGCUGUCCAAGAUGCUGGUAAUCGACCCUGAAAGCCGCAUCUCUGUGCAGGAAGCCCUCAGUCACCCCUACAUCCAUGUGUGGUAUGACCCAGCCGAGGCCGAUGCGCCUCCUCCGCAGAUAUCAGACAAGCAGUUGGAGGAGCGGGAACACAGCAUUGAGCAGUGGAAAGAGUUGAUUUAUAAAGAAGUAAUGGACUGGGAGGAGAGGAACAAGAACGGAUUGACGAAAGAGGAGUGUUUAGUAGAUGGUACAGUGAACAGCAGCACCACUGCCUCCCAGUCAUCCUCUAUUAAUGACAUCUCGUCCAUGUCGACGGAGCACACAUUGGCGUCAGACACCGACAGCUCCUACAUUGACACCCUCACAGGACCGUUAGAGGAGUGAUUUCCACCUCCCCUGUAUUCUCACUUAUGUCAUAUCCCUCAUCUGCGGCUGUGUGGGCCAUGCCGUGGUCUUGACUGAAGAGAUCUGUGGGUGCAUGAUUAUACCGCUUCGACUUUACACUCAUAAUCCUUCACUCAUGCUUUUAAGGUUCAGUUUUUCUCACAUAUACAGACAGUUGUGUAAUACUAGCCUUUAGACACGUCUGUAGUGGCUAAACCUCAGAUUACACACCAACAGCGACUUCAUUGUUCAGUUCUUUUGUUUAACUGGAUCUUCACAGUUUUAUGUAUUUUUUAAAUAUCUCCGAUUAUAAAAGGGCAAAUAAUAGGUAAUUGGUUUAUGCUUUAAUGCAUUCACAUUUCACUUCAUAAAAACAAAUAUUAAUUCAUCUUCUGGCGUUAUUGCUGCAGCAUGUGUAAUAUCUGGAUUUAUCCCUGUCAUUUAUGUCCCAUCUCUCUCUCUGUGCAAUGUAGCUUUUAUUACCAUUCAUUUCAUUACCUAAAAGAAGCACAGAUAUUAAUGAUUGGACAACAUUAUAGCUAGUCAGCCCAUUUUGGAAUUAGUUCAUGUUACAAAUAUUGUUGCGUAAAAUUAACAGAAGAACACUUACUAGACAGUGUAACUACAGAUCACUGAAAUAUGCUUAAACACACCUAGAAACGGAACAAUAGUGCCUGCUUCUGUACACGGUCACCAAACCCCAAUUUUAAAAGAGAACCUAAUGAUGCUUUUCAGUUGGUUAGGGUGUAGUCAUGUGUACAUAUAUACGUAUAUAGAUUUUUUGUAAAUGUUUUGUGCCAGUUUUCCUUUCUUUAUGCUGUGGAAAGAAUUUUACAGCUUCUGAAUAUGUUUUAGCUUAUGUACUGUAAAACAAACUAGGUAGAUGGAACUUGAAAUUGCACAUAAAUGUUUAAAAGUGAGCAUAUUUGGUUUAAAAUUAACAAAAUUUGCACCCAGAUCUCAAUUGGAAAAUGAUGCAACAUCGUAAUCAAAGCCUUGUUCCUCAUUCCUAGAGUAAUUAAUCACCACUGACAAGAUUGUAUGUUAAAUUGCAUGAGCCAAUGCAAAACAUUGUUUUUUCAAUCUCUUCCAACUUGAAAAGCCCAUAAGAAUGUAGUUCAAAGUAAAUAUAUGGGUUUUCUUUUUCUUUUUUCUUUUUUUCUUUUUUAAAUAGACUUAGCUGUUUUUUUAUUUCUUCAGUUUCUUCUUCUUGAAGAUGUCCUUUCAAUGAAACACUGAAGGAUUUUCGUGUUUUGUAUGGAUCAUCAAAGCCAUAUAAUUUAAUUUCCUUUAUAUGUGUCUCUAUAGCAUUAGGUUACUGUUUACAGACUUGUGAUUCAGUGAUGUACUGUGGGUAACCAUGCACUUACAACCCUGUUUUGGACUGUGAUUCUUUAACAUUGUAUUCAGGAUGGAAGCCCACCCAUUCAUCAGUUUCGUAAACCUUUCUGCUUUCUUUGCUUUCCAGUGUUGUAGAUAUGUAUGAUGAUAUGUCCUGUACUUUACAUUCAUUUUUAUGCAUGAUAGAACAAGCUAUCUUCAUCAAAGACUUGAGGAGAUUGCAGAAACCUGUCCUCUGGUUGUAGGAGAUCAUUGGAGAGCCUCUGGACGAUAAUAUGAGUGUAUUGUUGAGUUUGUGUGCCUCCAAGCUCUUCUGACAGACUGAGACCAUGCAUCACCAUAAUUUCAUGCCUUAAGGUUCUCACUAUCAGCAUCUCUACAGCUUUGCCUGGAGAUCACAAAAUUAUUGAUUGUAAUGUAACUACAAUUAAGUUCUUUUUCAGCAGGCUGGAUUGUUUUCUACUACGAUGCCACUGUGUCGGUUUUCUCAAACAUCACAUUUCUUGGUCUCCUUGGGAUUGUGAGAUUUAUUUUGGUGCUUCACCUUACUGUUACAACAGUAAUUCUAACAGUAGUAAUGAUGAAUUAAAACAACGCAAUGGCGCGUUGUGUUCCAUUUUCAUUUUGGAGCUCAUGUACAUUAGAGUCGCUGGUGUGGACUCAUUGAUUCCUGUUAUGAACACUAGUGAUGGACCUCCGGGGCAUUGAGACCUUCAAGACAAUGAACAAAACUGGCUCACUUUCUCAUGUGCUUACUUUCUUUUCUUUUAGGUGUCUGUUUGAGAACAACAUUGUUUUUGUCACUGAUAAUCUGUCACUAGAGGUGGAAUCAGUAAUGACUUAAGUUAUUCACUUUUUAGAUAUUCAUUUCUCAGACUAUCUUCCUUAAGGCCAAUUCACACUCCACUAAUAGAUGCUGACAGCCAACCGAUUACAGUAUGUCACUUCUCAGACAUUCAACCCCCCAAUAAACGCAGAUUUGAUUUGUUCAGUUGGCAAAAACAAGCACUGGCCAAUGGUAACAGACACCAACAGGGUUGACACACUGAUCUGACAAAUGUGUUUGGUUGUCAUGUCUGUCGUGCACUGUGAGUUGGCCUCAAGAACACCGUUCUCAUGGUCAUCAAUCAAAAUCUCAGUCAAAUCCUGUAAAAUUAUUCGAUAUAACUGUUCUUUGCUAGUAAUGUCUGUUUAGCUUUCAUGUGUUUUGUAUUGUUGUGCUACAUUGGGGUGCCCCAUUAGUGGACUAUGAUGGGAGUUACCCAAACCAGAAACCUGUCUGAAACAUAUGCAAAACCUUAAAUGAUCCUCUAGCUACAGUAAUAGAGUGACACGUCGUUUCUCUGUGAAAAGAAAAAAGAAAUGAAACAUCUGUAAUGACUGGACAAAUAAACAGCUUGAAGUACUGAU